CACAGAAGUCCACAUUUGUAAUUAAAUCAAUAACAAACUGUUGCAUGAUCUGAGCAACAGUGUCACCACAUGAUUAAUCAAUAACUAUGUGUUUCCAGGAUUCCAUUUUGACAUAUGUGGAUGACAUUGCUGGUAGCAAGACAGUGAUAUGAGGUUUGAGUUGCUGACAGUGUGACAUGUUCAUAGCAGCAGUGAUUGUUUCGUUUGUUCUGGGUGUUGUAUUUACAUUGCUGGCACAGUUAUGGAUCACUCGUAGGUGGUUAUCUCACCAGCCUCAACUGUAUCCGCCUUACAGACAGCAGCAUGAGAAAGCGGAGCUUCCACCGGUUUUGCGAAGGUCAGUGUAUGGUAUACGGAGGCAUCAUGGAUCUAAAGGAGAUUUAGGAGGUAGGGGUGUAACAGGAGGUGCUAAAACUGUUCCUGAGGAGAGAAGGACCAGCAGAACCAUUCCAGAUGAUAAAAGAGGUAGUAAGACUGUUCAGGAUGAGAAGAGGGGUAGUAAAAGUAUACUAGAUCAUGAUGAAAAAACGGGUCACAAAACCAUUCCAGAUGAGAAGAAGAAGGAUCAGAGUCUUAUCCUUAAUGUACUUUUCCAAUUUCUCUUUGCUGAGCUGAAAGAUACAGCUAGGGUGAGAAGAUGGGCAGCUAAAAAGAUGAAUGCAGAAUUUGAUGAGAUGUUGACCUCUACAACUGGCAAACUCAUGAACCAGAUACAGGUGCGAGAUUUUAACUUUGGGAGCAGUUUUCCUCUGGUAGAGUCUGUUGAGCUGAGACAUGUACAGUUGUCUAAUGAUGAAGAGAUUAUUCAGACUGUAGACGUUGAGUUAGAUAUAGACUACGAGGGAGGAUUUCAGCUGACACUCGAUGUUGAUAUUAUAUUUGGUGCUUGGGCAUACUUGUCCAUCUCUGUGACUAAACUUGCUGGACGAGGGAGGUUACAGUUGACAAGGGUACCAUUUACGCACUGGUCCUUCUCUUUUUAUGAGGAACCAAGAAUGGAGUUCAAUGUAGAUUCGAGAUUUAAUGGCCGUCCAAUACCACAAAUUUCUUCACUUAUUGUAAACCAGAUAAAGAGAACCAUAAGAAAGAAGCAUGUUUUACCUAGCUACAAGAUGAGAUAUAAACCAUUGUUUGUAAAACCAGAGGAAUCAUUUGUAAACCCAGAUAUUUGUUUCCAUGGACAGCGACUAGGACCAGGACAACUGUCUGUUAAGGUUCUAAAAUGUAGCAGACUGCAAGAAUUAUCUCCAGAGAGUAAAUUAUUCUGUACAUUGUCUGUAGACAAAGAAGAGAUAGAGGAGGUUUGGAGACAAAGUUGGGUAACUCUUGACAUGACAUUAAGAAUAUUACCUAAUGCUGCACCAGGAUUUAUUCUCAAAGAUCAAUUAUCAGGUGACAGAACAGAAAAGAAACGAGUGGUAGUGGAAAGUAUAACACCAGACAGUCCUGCUGCUGAGGCCGGCUUUCAGAGGGGUGACAUUGUGGAAACUGUCGGAAAUGUGAGAGUCCUGUCUUUCAAACAUGCAAUGAAACAAUUGAAAAGUUCAACUGAAAGUGUUACCAUUCGUGUUAAAAGGCAGAGUAGAUUAGCUUUGGAUCCAAGCCCUUACUUAGAACAACCUGAGGAUUUAGAGUUUGAAGAACAUGAAAUGAAUGGUGAUAUACAAGAUGAUAUCGGAGAUUUUGUGAGUAUAGACAUUAAACACCAACGAUCCUCCUCACUGAAUGCUGAAGUACAGCCAAGUCAGGAAUCUGUGAAACUGAGUGAAAAAUUAACAAGGAAACUUCAGUCUGGGAAGAAGAAAAUAUUGGGGCUUAAGGAAAGUGAGAGAGAUAGGGACAACAGUGAUACGAAAUCUCUACUGGCUGAAGAGGAGUCAGUGCAGUCCACUGACAAAAAUGUAUGUGAGAGUAUAUCAGUGGCAAGUUGUCUCCGGGAUGGAAGUCAGUCGGCUAAAUCCUCGCCACAGAAACAGCUGAUAGAAAUCAAUAGACAACGAGCACACAGUGAUACCAGCCUUAAUAAGGUUCAGACAGGUGAUAGUGACACAGUGAGUGCUUCCAGUGAUAUUGGUAGCUAUAGUUACCCGGAGCUGCAGAGGAGGAUUGGUGAGGUUGCUACCAGAGAAAUUACAUUUUCCUCUGAUCCUGAAUGGAAUGAAGAAUUUGAAUUUGAUUGUAAAGAGGAAGACCAGUAUGUGAAUGUGUGUGUAUGGUGUAAGAUGGCACAGACAGAUAGGGCAUCUAAAAAUAUCUCCACAAUCAACAAGGCUGAUGGUCUGCAGCUUAAAAAUACCCCACCUACUGACGAUCUUCCAUCUUAUGAUCUUACCACCAAAAUAGGAUAUGUGAGUGUUCCAUUGGCAGAUAUCACUGCUGGUUGUUUAUUAACAAUGCAGGGAGAUACCCAGUACACCAUGUAUCUACACCCACCUGAGGAAACCAUCACUGCUAGCCGUACAAAGCUGCCAUAUUCUGGGCAUAUAGGAUUUGACAAGAAUAUAUGUCAUGGUGAUAUUACACUGUCAUUUGUGCACAAACCUUUUAAGACUAUAGAGUCGGUUGUGAGGAAAGAGAUUAUAAGGGAUGUACUCAACCCACCUGCUGUGAAAAUCCGAGCUAAAUCUCUGGAGAGAGAACGGUUAGAUGGGCAGCACAGCUUCAGACCAUGUCAGUUUGCAUCUAAAACAUACUGUGAUUUCUGUGGGAAAAAGAUAUGGUUGAAAGGAGGACUGAAGUGUUCUAUAUGUAAGAUGGUGUGUCAUAAGAAAUGUGUAGAGAAAUGCUACAUACAGACAAAAUGCUCAAGAGAGGGGCCGAAGAUGUCGGGUAAGCCAGAAGAGACCUGGGUUCCACCUUUGAGGGGCCAGGAAAUGGAGAAAGAGGAGGGGAAAGUGGGGAAAUUCUUUAAGUUUCGUCAAAAGGAGCAGCCUUCUUUGCCAUUAAAUAUUCCUCACAAGAAUAUUCCAAACCGGGCUCAAGCAUCAUCAAGCCCAAGCAGAAGCCCAUUAAGGAGCCCAAGUCCCUUUGCAAGUCUUUCAGAGCAUGUAGACAGACAUCUUGCCGUAGCUGGAAUGAAGAAAAAUCUCUCAAACAAAUCUCUUCCAGGAAUGGAAAGGGAUGAUGAUUCUGAUGAUGAAUUCAGAUAUCGUCACCCGAUCUACAGUCUCGAUGAUAAUGUGGUUAUAGAAGCCAAGGAGAGAGGGAAGGAACUCUAUGCCAACUUGUCGCUACCAGAUAGAAAGAAAACACUUGAUGACAUGGUAAUUGUCACAAUAACACAUAUUGGUACAUUUAUCUGUUAUGUCCCCAGUGUUGAGGACAUGGAAGGAAUACAGUGUUUAAACUGUCUGUCCAUCUCUCAGUCCUUGUGCUAG